AGGGGCAGCCAGGAGCCUACACUGCGGAGGAGCACGCCGGGAUCCUAGGCUGCGCCCAGGCUAGGCUGUUGCUCCCCAGGCUGCUCCUAGCGCCUCGCAGCCCUAAAGCGAGCGGCAGCCUCUAGUCGCCGGGACAAAGAUGCCCCUGCGCGCGGCUGUAGUCCUCCUGUUGGUGAUCCUAAAGGAGCAGCUUUCCAGCUCGGCCCCGCUCAACGGAUCCAAGUGGACCUAUGUUGGUCCUGCUGGGGAAAAGAACUGGUCCAAGAAGUACCCAUCAUGUGGGGGCCUCCUCCAGUCCCCGAUAGACCUACACAGCGACAUCCUCCAGUACGAUGCCAGCCUCGCACCCCUACAGUUCCAAGGUUACAAUGUAUCUGCUGAAAAGCUGUUGAACCUGACCAAUGAUGGCCAUUCAGUGAGACUGAACCUGAACUCGGACAUGUACAUCCAGGGCCUCCAGCCUCACCAAUACAGGGCGGAGCAGCUGCACUUGCACUGGGGGAACCGCAAUGACCCCCACGGCUCUGAACACACCGUGAGUGGGAAGCACUUUGCCGCCGAGCUGCACAUUGUCCAUUAUAACUCAGACCUGUACCCCAACUUCAGCGCCGCCAGUGACAAGUCAGAAGGUCUCGCUGUCCUUGCUGUUCUCAUUGAGAUAGGCUCCAGCAAUCCAUCGUAUGACAAGAUCUUCAGUCAUCUUCAACAUGUUAAGUACAAAGGCCAACAAGCACUCAUCCCAGGCUUCAACAUUGAAGAACUUCUGCCCGAGAGCCCCGGCGAGUACUACCGCUAUGAAGGGUCCCUGACUACACCUCCUUGCUACCCUACCGUGCUCUGGACAGUUUUCCGAAACCCUGUGCAGAUUUCCCAGGAUCAGUUGCUGGCUUUGGAGACAGCUCUGUAUUUCACACACAUGGACGAUCCUUCCCCCCGAGAAAUGGUCAACAACUUCCGGCAGGUCCAGAAGUUUGAUGAGAGGCUGGUGUAUAUCUCCUUCCGACAAGUAGGACUCCUUACCGACACAGGACUGAGCCUGGGUAUCAUCCUUUCCGUGGUCCUGGCUGGUAUUCUUGGCAUCUCCAUUGUUCUGGCAGUGUCUAUUUGGCUCUUCAGAAGGAAGAAGAGCAGAAAAGGUGACAACAAGGGAGUCAUUUAUAAGCCAGCCAUCAAGAAGGAGACUGAGGCCCACGCCUGAGGUCCCUGGCAUUCUCAGACAUCCAAGGAAGGACCUUGCUUUGGACACUACACACUUUGGCUCCCUGGACACUUGAAAUACCUCCAGGUGUUCUCUCGAGCCCAACUGUCACCCCUUCCCCAGACUCUUGAGAGGCUUCCAGCUGGUCCUCCCCUGUUCUGCUGUCACAGCCACCCCGGGGUGACCAGUGAGUGGGAUGAACUGAACUAGGGGGCAGGAGCUUUCAGUGGAUUUCUCUAGCUGCGUGAGAUGACUGGAGAUUUAGGAUUCUGGGUCACAAACCGAACCUGCUGGUGGACUAUUAGGGCUUGGAAACCACUUCCAUCCUAGGUUCAUCUUGAUACGCCCCCAGUGCCAUGGACAUUCCAGUUAUUCUCUGACCUUCCAGACCAGAGCGUCUGUCCUUUGCUCGGGUGACGCUUUUGAAACUCAGCUUCCUUCCUCAGUGAGGAGCUGUCUUCCUUGGAUUUCCUUCUGCCUUGACAGACCCUCCAGCCUGACCUCAUGCCUAUGGGGAAGAGUUGCGACAGGAAGCAUCAGAUGAUCAGAAAAAAAAAAAAAGAAAAACUAUAAUAUACUAGGGCAUUUCCACAGUCCUGUCUUUUGGGCUAGAGACACUGACCAAACCUUACAGCCAUGCGGGCUCAAGUUCUGUCUUAGUGGGGAUAAAAGGGAGACAGGGGAAGGGGAAGCGGAGGCAAGGGGAAGGCAGACACUGUCCAGGAGUCUUCCUCUGGAGUCAGAACUGGAAUCAAGAGACAGUGGAAGAGAAACUGAGUCUAAGUUGCCGCCUACUUAGCCUCAGGAGGGCAGUUGUGUUUCAUAUCCUACUCCAUUGCUUUCUCUCUCCUGGAGUAGAUGGGAUUUAUGAAUGAUCUGCUCUGCUUUGAACCCGUGGGAAACAGACAGAAGCAAGACUACUGUGCAACUUUGUCUCUUUUGCCCAAAUGUCAGUUCAACCUCCUCUGAUAUCCCUUCUGCCAACUCAGGGUCACGACUGUCUACUCCUCUGGCCGUGGAGAAGUCUAAACGAUGUUCGGUCAAAAUGUAUUUUCAUACUCUCCAAGCAGGAAGCUAGCUGCACAGAGCCAAACCAGGUCCUGGUAUUUAAGUACCCAAACCAAUGGAAUGUUCCCAAGAUUCUCCCUGUCCUUCCCUCUCAGUCACAGAGUUUCUGAGAAUACUUCAUUCCUUCUUCAUGUGCCUCCCACAGAGGCGAGAGCUCUGUGGAGAGCAGUCAGCUCCACGGCUCUACAGGAGCCUCAGCCACCAGCCCCUGAUUGCUAGUUCCUUGCAGGUCUCUGAUUUUGUCUCAUUUUGACAGCAUGGAAUGUCCUCUUGAAGCACAAGGGGUUUUUUUUGUUUUUGUUUUUGUUUUUUGUUUUUAUAUCUCUUCCCUUCUACUCCUUCCUCUGAUUUGAUAAAAAAAAAAAAAUCUUUCUCUACCAUUACAACUUUUCAUGGUGGCCAGCCCCGUGUCUUUGUAACAUAAUUCACUGGGCGAGGUUACAGGUGACCCAGUGGGGGCUUGGCUGUGUGUGUGUGUGUGUGUGUGUGUGUGUGUGUGUGUGUGUAUGUGUGUGUGUGCGCGCGCGCGCAGUGUACGUGCCCGAUGGCAUCAUCACAGUAAGGACAAGCAGCCUCAAGGAGCGGCAGCAGCAGAGUUCAGGGGCCAGAACCAUCAGCCAGAAACUAGCAUAAAGCACUCCAGGACAGCAAGACUGUCUCAAAGAACUAUGCACCGACCAGUUAUGUGAGAGCACAGCGAGACUGCCGUCCCUGGCACGAAGCCUGGUCCCAACGGGAGAUGUGGUGGGAGGUGAAAACAGCGGCCUUUCUCCUUCCCUCUUCCCAUUCAGCAUGGCCCAGACAUUCAGUCCUCGUUCAGUCCUCACGGCUGAGAUGAAACAGAGCCAGGGAGGCAGACAGAGUGCUCCGAGAAUCAGCGCUGUCAACCUGUAACUCUUGAAGAUGCAGCUUUCUUCGUAUUCCCAGUCAUUCUGGCCACCACUGAGGGAAGCCAGUGCUGUGGGGUGUGAAGCACAGCUUGCCUUACACGCCUUAAGUCGGCUGUGUGAGGUGUAAGGUGGGUGCCUAGGAGAGCCUGGGUGGGCACAGGGCUGGGCACGUGGCAGGUGAAGAAGACCAACACCGGGCAUGGGCGGGUGGGGCAUGCACCUGGGACCUGGGGGAGGCACUGGUUUCUGCAGUUUUCCUCUGCCUCUAACUGGAGAACUUGAGUCUCGCUGUGGUUUUUCAGUAUCUGUCAUUAUAGUAAAACAUGUAUCCAUGGCUUUAAUGGUAUUCUAGAAUUUGCUGCACUGACUGUCUUAAUCAUAUUUCUAUUCCUUGUCCUCUCAGUACUCUUUGAAGGCCUCCUGAUUGGCCCUGAGAAAGUACCAGGGGUGACAGUACCCUUGGGUCCCCCCUGUGCCUCUCAUCCAUAGGCCACUGUGAUGAUGGCCCGUUUAGCACUUCUAUAUUUAUUGUACCAAUGAUUGUAAUGAAGACAUACACUGAAAAUAUAAGAAAUUAUAAUAAAAAUGUUUUUCACAUCA